ACAACCCGCAAACUGAAUCACAGCGUACACGCGUCAAAAUCACAGCGAGCCUUUCAGCUUUCCAAAAUCUCAGUUCAUGUAACUUUAAAAAUGCCCAGUAUUUUAACCGCGGUAUUAACCCCCGGCUGCUCACAGUAUUUUCAACCUAACCACGGUUAAUUGAGACGUAACCCUGGUUCAACCCCCACUACAUUGGUACUUUAUAUACGGACUGGCAACCUCUUCUGCCCAUCACUCCCAGAAGGAAAAAAAAACCAACCCAGAAAAAAUCACCCAAACCCAGAAAUGAUGAUCGGAGAGCGAAACCACGCCAAUCACACCAUCCAUGUUCCGCCGUGGCCGUCAUCGUUUCCAGAUAGUCCGGCGGCCGAUUUCUCCUGCUUGAGCCCCGGCGGCGGGAAUGCUAACUGUAGCCCAAACUUCGAUGACUAUUCAUACGCUCUAACUGCCCUGCAGCGUUAUCUGCCGUCCAACGUCAAGACAAACCUGACCGACUUGCUAUUGGAGGACUUUGACCCGGAAAACGAAGACGCUUUUGCCAAGGACUUGGAUCUUCCCGUGGACGCCUAUUCAUGCGAUCAGUUCCGCAUGUUUGAGUUCAAGGUGAGGAAAUGCAUGCGUGGCAGGUCUCAUGACUGGACCGAGUGUCCGUAUGCCCAUCCCGGCGAGAAGGCUCGCCGGCGGGACCCCCGGAAGUAUCACUAUUCAGGCACUGCUUGUCCGGAUUUCCGGAAGGGCAGUUGCCGGAAAGGCGAUGCUUGUGAGUUCGCCCAUGGCGUGUUCGAGUGUUGGCUCCACCCGGCUCGUUACCGUACCCAACCAUGCAAAGAUGGGAUGAAUUGCAAGCGGAGGGUCUGUUUCUUUGCUCACUCGCCGGACCAACUGCGGGUUCUCAGCCCCCGUGCCGAAUCCUAUGAUGGGUCUCCUCAUCGCUUGGCUUUUGAUGGCUCUUUCAGCAAGGCUCUGCAGUUCAUGUCAUCGCCGGAAUCCGGCUCCCCGCCGUCUGAGUCGCCGCCGAUGUCUCCCCUGACCACCGCAUCGUCGAUGAACCCGUUGAGCCGUUCUCUCGGGUCGAACUCCAUCAACGAGAUGAUGGCAUCCAUGCGCCAGUUACAGCUGAACAAAGUCCAGUCUGCUAAUUCCAGUUGGGGCCUGCAGGCAUCUGGUGGUUCUGCACUCGGGUCCCCCAGGAUGGUUAUGUCCCGGGCCGGGUACUGCAGUUUGCCUUCCACCCCGACCCGUAUGGCAAACCGGAACGGGAUCGGGUACUUUGACAACUGGGAUAACGGCGGGUGUGAGGAGGAGCCGCAGAUGGAGAGGGUGGAGUCGGGAAGGGAUUUGAGGGCGAAGAUCUUCCAGAAACUUAGCAAGGAGAACCCUCUGGAUCGGGCCGACCCGAACUCUUAUGAUGCACCAAAUCCAGAUGUUGGGUGGGUCACGGAGCUGAUAAAGUGAAAGAUUGGAAAUGAUGGAAGCCUGAAAGUAGUGCUCUUGGUAAUCAUUAUUAAUCAUAUUCUUAAUUAUGGAGAUUAAUUGUUUUUUUGGGGACUGCUUAAGUAUUGCGCCUGCCUUUCUCUCCAUCUCUUCUGGCAUGUAAUUAGUACUAAUCAUUAUUGGAAAAAAAAAAAAAAAGGGAGAUGAGAGAAAGAUCUGAGGUGUUUUGGUAAUUUGCUCUUUAUCUGAAGAUUCACAAGUUUUUGUACAUAGGAAGAAAAAGAAGUUAUUAGUAGAUUACUUGUUAGUAGUAUGAAAUUUAGAAGCUCCUAAAAAUGGUGCCUUUUGCAUGGGAAGGAUAUUUUGGGAAAGAAGAGUGGGAAUCUCUUGUUUUGGGGAAGAACGAACGAGAAGGUUCUCAGGCAUUAAGGAGAUUCGUGUUUUGUGCUGCUGAAGGAAUUGGCGACAAUAGCAGCGAAAUUAUUAAUGUAAAUUAAUUUCCCUUUUGUUAUUUUGUUGUUAAUUAAAUAUUAGCCGGGAUUGUCUUCAAUCUCCGGCGCUACGUUUCUCAGUCUUUUGUUCUAUUUCAUCAACUGAAUGUUGUUGGCACUUGUGAAUAUUGUCAAUAAUAAAUUCCUUAAAUUAUGUUGGCUCGGGAGAUCUGGAGGAUAAGAUGAUGAAUGUUGGCCGUAUUCUAUUUUGUUUUAGGAUUGCACAAUUUUUGGUAUGUGUGUGCGUGUGUAUAGGGAUACUCAAGUAGAGAAACAUUUUGACCAAAAACGAUGGCUUGUUUUACUUGCCAUUUUGGUUGAGGCAAUGUAGAUUUUGUGUUUUGGUGAGAAGAACGGAAGAGAUGUUGUGGCAAAGGGGAUGGAAUGGAAACAAAGUUAAACUCAGGUGGGGUUAAAAGUUAAAACUUAAAACUUGAGAAAAGGUUGAUGUCUGUAUAAAAGAGACAGUAACGGAGGGGGCAGGUUUGUAACUUUGCAUAAGGGGGAAAAGGUGAAAGGUAAAG